AUGAACAACAGUGAGAAGGCGAUAGAAGAGCCUGGAGAUCUGCGCUACGAAGCAUACCUGAGUCUGCUAGACCAUCGGAUACGGAGAGCUUGGCUCUACACUGUCUACCUCUCUCCCAAUUCCACCACUAUCGCCGAACCCCUCUACAUCCUCCCAAGCUCUCGCAAUCCCUUCGUGCGCCUCACGAUAUCCCGCGAACUACGUCUCGCCGCCGAAACCGAACUGCUCAAGUUCUCGAGCAUUAUCAACGACGAGACGCUCUACAACCAGGCAGACGAGGCAUUCGUAACACUAGAGACGCUGCUGGGUAAGGACGACUGGUUCUUCGGCGCGCAAAGACCGGGCUUGUUCGAUGCUAGUGUCUUUGCGUAUACACAUCUGCUAUUGGAUGAGCAACUGGGCAAGGGUUGGGUGGACACGCGUUUGCGCGACGCGCUAACGACGCGCACACGCCUGGUCACGCAUCGAGACCGGAUUCUUGCUAGAUACUUUGAAGAUGGGUCUUGA